GGAAGAAGCAGGCUCACAGCGGAGGAGCCUGAUGUGGGGCUCGAUCCCAUAACGCCGGGAUCACACCCUGAGCCGAAGGCAGACGCCUAACCGCUGUGCCACCCAGGCACCCCAUGUAUCUGCUUUUUCUCCCAUACGCUUCUGGAACAUGGAGCAACUGAGCCCAGAGACCACAGUGAAUCACCCAAGGUCACACAGCAAUGAUGGCAGAACUGGGGCCAGACUGGCCCAGGGCUCCUGACUCCUCUGUCUCCCACCCCUGGGACUGCCAACACCCGUCCCCUCUCUCACACACUCCCUAUCUUGGCGGGGGGUUUAGAUGUGGGAGGGAAGAGCUGGGUCUCUUCAGGCCCCUCUCCGGGAAAUCCCCAGACUGGAGGGAGGGAAGGGGCAGCAGCGCCCCGUCACAGCUGAACAAGGAAGUCUGCCCGAGUCAGGCAGGCCUGGGAUUGAAUCCCAGCUCCCCCCGCCCCACUUACCCCUUGUGACCUUGACUGGGUCACUGUCCCCCCUGGGAACCUCUCUUAGCUCCUCUGUGAAACAGGGACAACCUGUGGCCAUGGGGGAUGUGCUUGGCUUUUCCCUUUUGUUGCCCUGUCUGCUGUCAGAGCGCACCCCAGCUUUAUUUGGGCUGCAAGAUGGGAGGGGACCUGAGCUAGGCCAGGGAGGGAGGGUACAGGACUGUGAGGACUGAUCCCAUUUUACUGACAGGGAGAUGGAGGCCUUGAGGAGGGAGUUUGCCCAACCUCGAUGUGGUGGCAGAAUUGGUUUUACCAUCUGGCCUCUGGGCCCCCCACCCCCCUCCCAGCAAAGUGUCUCCCCUAUCCUCCCCUGCAGCUCCCCUCCCAAUCUUGACCUCUACCCCAAACCCCCACCGUAGGCCUGAGAAGAAGUCCAAGCCCUCUGUCCUGUGACAGUUAAGGCUCCACUCAGCCCAGGGGACAGCUGGAAUGGGGGCCAGGGAUUUGGAAACUCCAUGGGACCAUAUGGGGGAGGCGACAGGUACAGAACCCGAGGUGUUCUGGUCGUGGGCAGCAAGGUGGGGGAGGGCUGAGGGGCUCAGUCACUCUGGCACAUGCGCAGCAGAGCCCCCUACACCCCUCUUGGUAGGGAGCUCACCAUCUCCUGGGGCGGCCCACUGUGUCUGGAAGCUUCUGUUAAUGGAUACCUGCCUCCGACUUUGGCUUUUGCUCUGAGGGAACCAGCCCAUCCCCUCCAAGAGGGGCGACUAGCUUCGCUCUGCUCCCCCAAGUCUUCUCUCCUCUGGCCUCCGUAGUCCCAGUUGAGCCCCGCGGAUAGGAAACAGAUCUGGCUUCAAGUCCAGCUCCACCCCUGAGAGGCUGUGUGGCCUUGGGCAGUGUAUUCACCUCUCUGAGCCUCCAUCCCUUGACCUACCGGGUGGGUUUGUGCCCCUACAUCUGUGGGUUGCUGGGAAGAUCCGUGAGCUUUGAGAGUAACACGACCCAUCGACCCAUCGACCCAUCAUUGACAGGAGCUGCCGUGUGGCCCGACCAGUCAGGGGCGACUCCUGCUGAUUGCCAGGCCCCAGCCCCCAUGCUCACUGGCCUCCCCUUCAGACGCUGCUUCUCUCAUUAUCCUGGGUGUCAGCGCCUGCACUCUCUGCCGAACCCUCCAGACCUGCUUGGGUGGGGGUAGGGCUGGCUGAGCACCCGCACCAGGCCGAACAGCUGCAGAUCCUCAGGCCACCUGACCUUGGAAAGAGCCUCUCUGGCUGGGUUUCAGAGCCGUCCCCCAGACACUGGGCAACAGGGAGGAGAAGGAACCAGGUGGGGCAGAGCGCGGGCAUGGCCUCAUGUCAGGCUCAUGCUGGAGCCGGCCUGGUUCCCUGGGGUGACAGGCCAGGAGAUAGGAGAACAGCCUGACAGCCAGUCAGGGGACGGAGUUACAGUUAUCAGCUGCACUGAUAGCACGGCAGAGCCUCACUCCGCACGCUCUAGUGGGCUGCCCGGGGAGGGGGUGAGCUCCCUGUCACGGGAGGUGUGUAAGCAGCUGCGGAAUGACAUCUGUUAGGGGGAUGGCAGCAGGUUCUAAUAUAGGGCCAGAGAAAGGGAUCAGACCCAGAACCCAGAGUCCUUAUUGUCUGGGCCACGGGAUGGAGUUCCCAUGAUCCUAAGAGUCUAACACACUGUUCCAAGGAUUUCCUCAUGACCUCCAACAACUGUCCGCACAGUUGUGCCCUCCAAAAGCCCAUGGUCCUAGCAUGCGCAGUCGCAGCUUCGAGACAGGCCCUAGAGGCUUGUGCCCACCCGGGGACACCGGAAAAGAAAAUAGAUAAACCCUAGAUCCCCCAUGUCAGCCAGUUCAGGGCUCCAGAGCACCCGGCAGCUCAGGGUUCCUCCGAGCACGUCCAGGUCCUGAUCCAUGAGUGGCUGUGAAAUUGAUUUAGUGAGCUCACUACUUAUUUUUUUAAUGAAAUAAAAAAGAAAAUGUCAAGUGCUUCAUAUGUAGUGAGGGUAUUAUUUUGCAAGGCUCUUGUUACCGUUUUUAAAAUAUAUAUGUUGUAUAAUGAGUAGCAACGUACAACGUGUUUGUUUUUAAUCUGGGUCUUGGUCAGAAAGUUUAAAAGCUACCGCCCUGUAUAGAAAUCCUGGAGGCAGCACUGAUAAAGGCUGGGGUGUGCAGAUCCCUUUCUUUUCCAGGAUGCUCAGUUCCUAAGAAUAUAAGUGGCAAGGAUUCCAGGAUGCCACUCUCCUGUCCUCAGACCCAUUUGGGCUGUCAAGCCCCACAGUCAGCACCCCCGCUGCAGGGCCCAGGGCCACUCUCUGCCCUGCCCAGCCCAGCCCAGGCCCAGCCCUGCUUCCCCUUCCCGUUUCCUGCUUGCCCCACAUCCUCCCAAGGACCUGUCUGGAAGCCCUCUGGCCUUGGAGACCCUUUGCCUCCUGUCCUCACCUGUUAACACGCCGAACUCAGCUCAGCAAAGCAGAUUGUGUCGUACUCACUUCUCUUCCGCCAGCACAUGGCCCCGCGUCUUCCCAGGUGACCACGCCGGCUUCAGGACAUGCACGGGCACAGCCGCAACGGGCAGGCCCACGUGCCCCGGCGGAAACGCCGCAACCGCUUCGUCAAGAAGAACGGCCAAUGCAACGUCUACUUCGCCAACCUGAGCAACAAGUCGCAGCGCUACAUGGCGGACAUCUUCACCACGUGCGUGGACACGCGCUGGCGCUACAUGCUCAUGAUCUUCUCCGCGGCCUUCCUCGUCUCCUGGCUCUUCUUCGGCCUCCUCUUCUCGGCGGGGACCCCGACGGGCGGGGGCGGGGGCGCCCCGACGGCCCCCAAGCCUUGCAUCAUGCACGUGAACGGCUUCCUGGGCGCCUUCCUGUUCUCGGUGGAGACGCAGACGACCAUCGGCUACGGGUUCCGCUGCGUGACGGAGGAGUGCCCGCUGGCGGUCAUCGCCGUGGUGGUGCAGUCCAUCGUGGGCUGCGUCAUCGACUCCUUCAUGAUCGGCACCAUCAUGGCCAAGAUGGCCCGGCCCAAGAAGCGGGCGCAGACGCUGCUGUUCAGCCACCACGCGGUCAUCUCGGUGCGCGACGGCAAGCUCUGCCUCAUGUGGCGCGUGGGCAACCUGCGCAAGAGCCACAUCGUGGAGGCCCACGUGCGGGCCCAGCUCAUCAAGCCCUACAUGACCCAGGAGGGCGAGUACCUGCCGCUGGACCAGCGGGACCUCAACGUGGGCUACGACAUCGGCCUGGACCGCAUCUUCCUGGUGUCGCCCAUCAUCAUCGUCCACGAGAUCGACGAGGACAGCCCGCUCUACGGCAUGGGCAAGGAGGAGCUGGAGUCGGAGGACUUUGAGAUCGUGGUCAUCCUCGAGGGCAUGGUGGAGGCCACCGCCAUGACCACCCAGGCCCGCAGCUCCUACCUGGCCAGCGAGAUCCUGUGGGGCCACCGCUUCGAGCCCGUGGUCUUCGAGGAGAAGAGCCACUACAAGGUGGACUACUCGCGCUUCCACAAGACCUACGAGGUGGCCGGCACGCCCUGCUGCUCCGCGCGUGAGCUGCAGGAGAGCAAGAUCACCGUGCUGCCCGCCCCGCCGCCCCCGCCCAGUGCCUUCUGCUACGAGAACGAGCUGGCCCUCAUGAGCCAGGAGGAAGAGGAGAUGGAGGAGGAGGCGGCGGCUGCGGCGGCCGUGGCCGCGGGCCUGGGCCUGGAGGCAGGCUCCAAGGAGGAGGCGGGCAUCAUCCGAAUGCUGGAGUUCGGCAGCCACCUGGAUCUGGAGCGCAUGCAAGCCACCCUCCCGCUGGACAACAUCUCCUACCGCAGGGAGUCCGCCAUCUGACCUCCCGGCCCCGCCCUCAUUGCUUCCCGCAAGAGCCUCUGCCAGGGGGUGGGAUGCCAGCACACCCCCUCCACACUCAGGACGGAGCUGACCCUGGCUCCGUGGACCUUCUGGAGGGAGGUGGGGGCUUCAAAGACUGGGGAACCCCUUCCUAUUGACUCCAGAGCCCAGGCCUGGGAAGGGCCCAGGAUACCCUCUGCCCUGUCAGCCUACCCACUGGCAUCUCGGGGACCCCAGACCCACCACCCUUUUCCCACUGACACUUCAAGGACGUGCCCCCUUUACCCUCCGAACCUUGGGGAAGGCGGCUGGACUGCUG